AACCAAACACGGGGCACCAACCGGCGCCCCUUCGAUUGUGUCCGGACUCACUCGGUAUUCCGUGGUCCAUGGGAUGCUGGUGAGUCCGUGGCGUAACCGGUCUCUCCGCUCCAUCCGCAAAUUGAAACGGUUUUCAUACAGAAUGAAUCAGAUCUUAGAUCAGGUGGAAUGUUCUCUUCCCACAACCACCAAAAGAAGAACAAAAAAACAGAACCAAACUAUCUCCGAUCGUUCUUUCUUCAUCGGAUACUGGGGUGCGGGUAUUCCUUAGGAAUCGGGAUAGUGCAUUGAUGUUGUGGACAACCGUAUUUAGCAAUGCUGUUCCAGCAGCGCCUUUUUCGGUUCUAAAACAAACUAGCUCAUCAGUUGCUUCCGUAGCGGAAUGUGAACUUCAAUGUGUCAGCAUAGUUUCCUUUUUUUUCGUAACGUUUUUGGCCAGUAGAUGGCAGAUAGACUCACUAGUGGCUAGGCACUAGUGGCUAGGCUAGUCUUUCGGGGGAUCAGUCUUUGCUUCGGUCUUUGCUCUCUUUAGAUGACACAUUCAACACACAGCAACACGCAGAGUGCUGAAGUUCUACUCUACUCACAGAAUAGUCACCAAAUAGUGGGACGAUUCGAAUAACAAAUAGGCACCCAUUCUUUAGUAGACCCCAGCGAACCCAUGCGGUAGAUACUAAGACCUAAGAAACGAAGAAGAUAUUGUUAGCCAACAUCGAUUUCAUCCCCAAACGUUGGUCCUUCGAGACGAUCGGAAUUCAGAUCGGAAAAGAGGCAAACGCCCGUUUUUAGUAAGUGCUAAAAAGUUCAUUAGAGACCUAUUGCAACGCAUCGCACACACGCGAACAAGGUCAAUGUGUAUGCGAGCUGCGGGCAACGCAUUCAACAACCAGUCUUACUACUAUGUUCGUAAACCUAGCAGAUGACCGUUUAUGCCGCAUUUCUUUCUUAUGGGUAAUCGGUCGUACAGUGCCUGCCUGCCCGACGGGUUUGUUUGUUGGGACAGGGCGGUGAGCACUGGAACGCACCACCGACCGAUCAGUAUAGCGAAUGAUACUUUCAUAGACUCAUGCCUCAUGUUCAUGGCAUCGGGAACAAGCGGAGAUUAGAGGAACGCAUCAUUAACACUCACACGCAAGAGCUUACUGCAAUAGGAAAUCCUAAAUGAGCACGCUCCAUUUUAGAAUCGAGUACCAAUAACUACAACUUACUUACUAACUACUACUACUACUACUACUACUACUAGUAUAACCGUACGGGACUAUCCGUAGUAGAAGCUAUUCGUAGGUAGAUCACUGCACCCACUGUGGACAUUAGCAAGCGCAUAUGCAUACACCGAUGCGCGCCCCGUCACACAAAACCAGCGCCUGGGCAAAAUGGUGGCGGAAAUGGUGCCACUUAGUUUAGCAAUUCAUCGUCAACAUCGUCAUCACAUCACACAUGGGUGAUCACAUCCUCUAUGGUAUCCAAGGUACAUCAUCAUUCUUGCAUUUGCUACUCUUGGCAUUUGGUGAAAUAGUAGCGAGCGAAUGAGCGACCGUGUCUAUCAGUUCACGCUUCAUCGACCAUCACGGCAUGGAACGGGGGAAGAGGGAUUGUAUUGAAGAAAUUAUUAUUAUUAUUAUACACAAUUUGUCAAAGCUAUACCAAUGAAUGUGAUGUAAAUUAAGAGAACCACAACAGACAGUAGAAAAGUAGAAGAAAGCACGAAAUCACGAUCAUAUUCACCGGCAAAGCCAGCAGCAGCAGCAGCAGCAGCAGUAGCUAUGGAAGACAACAGAACACGGUACAUUGAAGAAAACAAAAACACUAUCAACAACGCGCACACCCUUCCUCCCACUGUGGCUUGGUAGUAACGGAGGAAAUUCAAAGCAUUUCCAAUAUCUAGAGAUCAGUCACAAUAAACGAUCGCACGUUUGGAGGUGUCUGAGCGGAUAUCAGUUUAACGGUACCUACAUCUGGAAAGCCUAUGAUGUUGUUAUGUUUUGGAGUUAAUCUAUCUUUCCAAUGCACCACAUGCUGCGUUGCAUCAUAACUGUUAUCAAACACUAGCCAGUGAUCACAACUUUCACAUCAAGCGCUCAGACGGUGCGACCCAGACCCUUUAAUAUUUGCCUUACAGAAUGACAGAAAAAGGAAAGGCUACGAUCGACCAGAACCGGGCGAACGGGCAUUCUCUUUCAGUGCAAAUCAUCAGUUCAUAAAGUCAAAGUGUAGUCUCGUAUCGUAUCACGCGAGCGUGAAGCGCAUACAUUAUUUGUUGAGCACUGUUUCCCAUUUUAUCGCGCUUUACUUUGGGGGUCGUUUUAACAAACUAAAGUUAAAGAAAAGAAGUAAACAAAAAAAAACAAAAUAUGUGAUAACUAACGGUAGUGCUAAAAAUGUUAAAUGGCCGCAGAGAGCAGAGCAGACGGGUGCCUCUUCUUUCGUCGCACUGUAGUAGCUAGCUGCAUGGGAUCCACGGUUUUGGUGCACGGAUGAGAGGACAGGUGUUUUUGUGUAGGAUACGCGUUGUUCAAUGGCUGGCGACAGGCUGGCUGCGCUGGCUGUACGUACGGACGUUUCUAGCUCUUUUUAGAAUUGUGGCUUGUAACAUUGUGUAACGACGCAAACGAACGACGACGGUAACCCUGCCGCUGUUGGAAGUGGUGCACGAAACCGUGCGACGAAAUGUUGGUGGUGGUUUAUUGUUUGAAAGGCCGUUAUCCCCGGAGACAAACGCACUGUGUUUAACCAUAAUACAGAUUAUAUAUGACUAGAGGAUCGUACUUGGAAGGCGACGACAUAAAAAACAGAGUAACAAAAAAAAAACCAAAAAACAUAAAGAUGUUAUGAUGUAUCGUAUUUGUGGUAGUGAUUGUUAGUAGCAAGAAACCAAAUCAUUAACAAACUUUAAGGCUUCAUUGCCUCACAAGGAAAGGGGUGGACGGGUGGGUGGGAGGUGCGCAACAGAAGCCUUCGAACGAACGCAGCAUUCUACCACGGUGGAUGCUAAACGGAAACCCACUUCUGCCCGCCAUCAGCUAGUGCCGUAGGCGAAGUAGCGGCGUAGUACACGUGCGGUUGAGCUUUGGCUUAAAACCCAAACUCACCGAAUGCAGCAAAAACUCUCAUUUGAUAUCCACGCGCCAGGAUCUAGCAUAAAUGGCACUAGAACCAGACCAAGAGCGAACACGGCAGGCUUACAUACGAAAGAAGGGUGAACUAGGUCGUUAAUGUUCCAGAAUCGAACGCCUGAAACGAGCCUGAUUAGUCUAGAAGCUGGUAGCUGCCCGGAAGUUGGAGCGUUAGAUAACAGAGCCGAAUCGAACCGAACCGAACCGAACCGAACGAACCCAACAGUCGACGGUCCUACGGAAGCCGUAUUUGAAGCCGUUGCACUUUACUUUUGAUUUUUAGACAUUUUUACCUUUUUGUACGAAAGCAUUUGGAGGACGAUGGUCGGACGAGGAUGAAACCGGUUCAUCGUUGCUCGUGACGUCGGGGAGCAUUUGCAGUGACACAGCGCGGACAGGCGUAUGAUCAGCACUCCUUCAUCAUCAUCAUUAUGAUCGCUGAAACUCUUAACCACACGUCAGCUCUCGAUUCCCCAUUUUUUGCGUGAGCUGAAGCUGGGCGCUGUCUCACGAUCAUGUCCCGAUUGCAGUAGGAAAAUGUCCAGAGGAAGGAAAUCUUUCAGAGCUACGAAUGAAGCCAAAGAUUGAAGAAUUGGUUAAGGGGUUCGCGAUUGAACGCGAAUUUGGAAACUGUCGGCACCGAGCGCAGGGCUUCGACAUACACAGACACACCGAAACACACCAACAUUCAUCUCUUCACUUCAUUACUAUCUUAACAGGAAUAAAUUACUUUUUCU